GAUUGCGGGAAACCGACCAACUGGGAUACUUUUCCGGCAAUAUACGUUUUGGGCGGUUUGGAGACUGGUUGGGCUGGAAAAUGCCCAUCCGAUCUGGCAACACUGAGUACUCGUCGGUCAAUGUUUCUUGACACAAUGAAACGCGCCACGUUGACCUUGUUGUGUAAGCACAAGUUGGUGCAUUGAAGGGAAGUUAUCAUUCUCCAUCCGGUGAUAUAUCCGAGGAUGAGUGUGGGAUUCAUAGGUGCGGGUCAGCUGACCCAUGCGCUGGUGAGAGGUCUCUCUGCUGCAGGUGUACUUGCUACGCACAAAAUCACUGCCAGCUCCCCAGACACAGAUCUCCCCACAGUACACGGUCUAAGGAAACUGGGUGUGAACUUCACCACCAGCAACAAGGAGACAGUUAGUAAGAGUGAUGUUCUCUUCCUGGCUGUGAAGCCUCACAUCAUCCCGUUCGUCCUGGACGAGAUCGGACCAGAAAUCGAAGAACGGCACCUCAUUGUGUCCUGUGCGGCCGGUGUCACCAUAAGUUCAAUAGAAAAGAAGCUGAGCCAGUACCGCAGUGAGCCCAAGGUGAUGCGCUGCAUGACCAACACGCCGGUGGUGGUGCGGGAGGGCGCCACGGUGUACGCCACGGGCACCCACGCCCAGGUGGAGGACGGCCGGCUGCUGGAGCAGCUGAUGGCGAGCGUUGGCUUCUGCACGGAGGUGGAGGAGGACCUCAUCGACGCCGUCACGGGACUCAGCGGUAGCGGCCCUCGCCUACGUGAGUUUGGUUCGCCGCCGGGGCCCUCGCUGAUCCACGUCGGCCAUUUUGGGUUAACUCGCAUGUGACGUGGUGAUGUGAGCCGUAUCCGUGCAGAUUAUGGUGGAACCCUUUUUGUGAACGGUUAGGACACAUUUUGAAGACCAUCAGGCAGGUAAUCGGUCCCCAAAUGUACGAUGGGUAGUAUCAAUCCAUCUAUAAAUGAUCAUACAGUCUAUCAAAGACACAAGACAACUGGCACUCUCUCUGCUCUCACUCCACUUCUCAAAAGGCUUGGAAAAUGCAAUCAUUAAACCGCCCUUUUAAAAAAGUGGAGCAUAGAUGCCUCUAUCAUUAAAGGCACCCAACCGAUUUAAAAUUGACCCUUCAUAAGGAAAAUGAUAGAGAAAGCUUUCAGCAUCAUUUCAACCUUUUCAUUGCACCCACACUGCUCUUAAAUGAAUUUGUCUAAACAUAGACUAUGGCAACCUUUCAAUAUUGAUGCCAUUGGACCUCAGUGCUGCGUGCGACACCGUCGACCACUCAAUACUUUUGGACGGAUUGGAAAUCAGGGUUGGGCUUUCCGGCAUUCUUAAACUUGUUGAGGUCAUAUCUACCAGACGGGAACUGAUUUGUCUCCGUUUGUAACUAUGUAACUGAACUAACUAACGUGACAUGAGUCGUCAAAGGUUCAAUCCUAGGACCAUCUUUAUUCUAUCUCUACAGGCUCCCACUAGGCCUAAUAAUGCGAAAUAACAACAUUGCCUACUGUUGUUAUGCCGACUACACACAAAUCCAUAUAGCCCCAUCACCAGCUGACUAUCUUCUGAUAAAUCUGCAGUGCCAGUGCAUUAAGCAGGUCAAGGACUGAAUGUGGUGGAAUAUAACGCCAACUAAUUAUAGACAAAACUGAGCUGAUUGCCAAAGAUGAGAGACUGAACGUUAAGACUACACCAUGAGACCAACAGAUUUGAACACAUUACACCAGUUCUCAAAAUCCCUGAAAUUCCUCUGGUUAUGUCAGAGGAUUGAUUUCAAAAUACUUCUGCUCACCUAUAAAUCACCAGGCGUUUUAGUAUCGCUAAAGCAUAUCACCGAAACGCUUUCACUAUUUGAACCCUCUAGAGGUUUAAAAUCGAACUGGGACCAAUCAGCUAUUGGUCUCCCGGAGUCAAAACAAAAACACGGAAAGCAGGAUUCCGCUACUAUGCAACACACGGCAGGAAUAAACUUCUUUGAGAUCCGGGACUGUCUCGAGCUCUGACUACAUGCACAUUUAACUUAUUUUGUUCAAAUGUCUCUGUGCAUUAUUUUAGAUCCUGUUUGCAUGUGUCCUUUAUGGAUUCUUCGAAAUCCUGUUUUAAUUAAUGUCAUGACCUUUUUUUCAUGACAUAACGUUUAUAUGGGAAGCAUAUUGAGUCCUGCCUUGUGUAUGAACUGUGCACUUGACAUUUACAGACACACACACAUAAUCACAUUACACAUGGACACCAAGAGACGUGGCAAAAAUUAAAAAACAUUAAAAAGCAGCAAUAAGAUGCAGCAGCGACUUGGGUUGUGCCAAACAGGUGUUGUCUCUCAGCUGAUGUCUACCUUGAUUUGAGGAGGCUUACACGCCUUCAGGUGGCGGUCUUCUCAUGGAUACUUUGUAGCUGCCAUUGGCACCCUAUUAAGGCGUGUGCAGCAUGUCCAACUGUGAAGACAGGCACUGCGUCUAAUAAGUGUCUAGAAAUCCCCAAGCUGCCUAUUGGGUGUUUCCUCCUCCCACUUCAAGCUGUGUAACUAUCGUGGUGACGAUGUAUCUGUGGGGUUCCUCCGCAGGCGCUUCUUGGCAGUAGACGCGCUCUCGGACGGUGGGUGAAGAUGGGGCUGCCCCAGGCGGCUCGCCGUGCGCCUCGCAGCCCAGGCCCUGCUUGGAGCCGCUAAGAUGUUGCUGGACUCGGAGCAGCAUCCUGGCCAACUGAAGGACAACGUGUGCUCGCCAGGGGGCGCCACAAUCACGCACUGCACGUCAUGGAGAGCGGGGGCCUUCAGAAGCCUCCUCAUCAACGCCGUUGAGGCGUCGUGUAUUAGGACAAGAGAGCUGCAGUCUUGGCAGACCAGGAGCAGAUUUCCCGGCGGCCAUAAAGAAGACCACCCUGGACAAGGUUCUGCAGCAGCCCGGUGUGACCAUAGUCUGGGAGGUCGGGCCGCGCGGGCCGCAUCAGUAUCUUCACCCAGAGCAACCAAGGUCAAAGAAGUGAACUGGGCGUCCCCCCCACCCCUUGCAUAGGACUCAUUGUGCAGGUCAAAGCAAAGCGUUAUAGCUGGCGUUAUAACGUUGGGGCGAUAUACAGAAUUCCGUCGUUACAUGUUGUCUUUAAAAACUUUGAAUAUUUUUUUUUUAAAUGAGCCUGGGAUGAUAUCCAACAGACAUUGUUGCCUGCAUUGUACUGCAAACGUGAAUAAAAUCCUGGAUUUAUAUAUAUAUAUA